AUGAGCGAACAGGUGUUAACGAAGGAUUCAGUGACAGUGGCCGUGGACGCGGUGGUGUACUACCGUAUCAAGGAGCCGCUCAAUGCCGUUGUACGAGUUGCUGACUACAGCGAGUCGACCCGCCUGCUCGCCGCCACCACACUACGCAACGUGCUCGGCAUGAGAGACCUGGCGCAGCUGCUGAGCGACCGCGAGGCCAUCAGCCACAUGAUGCAGAGCAACCUGGACGAGGCCACCGACCCCUGGGGCGUGGAGGUCGAGCGGGUCGAGAUUAAAGACGUCCGUCUCCCAGUGCAGCUGCAGCGGGCGAUGGCGGCAGAAGCCGAGGCGGACCGCGAGGCAAGAGCCAAGAUCAUCGCCGCUGAGGGGGAGAUCAAGGCGUCCCGGGCUCUGAAGGAAGCCUCGCUUAUUAUGUGUGACAACCCUAUGGCGCUACAGUUGCGGUACCUGCAAUCCCUCAGCACGAUAUCGGCCGAUAACAACUCCACAAUCAUAUUUCCGUUCCCGAUGGACUUCCUCAGAACUUUCCUCACAGGGCCCGGUCCGAGCCAAAGCGGUCUUAGAAUUUGAAGUUUAUUGUAUUAAUAAAAUAGGUGGUUAGUAAGUACUAGGUAUAUUUGCCGAGGA